AUGAAUGAUGCAUUGGAUGAGGAAGAUGGUGUCGAUGACGACGAGAUGAGUGCCGAAUACGACGGAGAGGAUGUCGAAUACGACGGGGAUGACGAAUACGACGGGGAUGACGAAUACGACGGGGAUGACGACUUGGACGAAGAGGAUCCCAUUUGGAUGGAUGAUGAGACCGUUGCCUAG